AUGUCGCCUGCCUCGGAAUCCCUGCAAUCUCACCUCAAUGUCAUCCCAAAGUUGGCAGCCGACGGCUCCAACUGGAUCACCUACAAGGAGCGCAUGUUCACCGUCAUGGGCUCCCGAGGACUGUUGCGACAUCUUCAAGGAACUGCUCGCCGGCCACCGGAUCCACCCCCGCUCCCGAUGCCAUCACCUGCGCAGGCCGCGACGACCGCUUCCACAACGCCAGCCGCUACAGCGUCGACAGCCGCGACAUCACGCACUGCCACGACAACAGCCCCUGUGACUACCACAGCACCUGCCGGUCAGACCCAACCUUCGAUGACACCAGAGGAGUAUCUGAAGAUCGUUGAGGCCGCCGAGCAAAAGCUGGAUGAGUAUACGCAGAAGGAGUUUGCCGCGCGGCAGCAGAUCUAUGGUACGAUUAACGACCGGCUCCUCUUGCGCGUCAAGAAGCUUGUGACUGCGGCAGAAGUCUGGAUUGCGGUACAGAACGAGUACGAGAGCAAGUCCGAGAUGUACUCGGGCGCUCUGCGGACUCGUCUGCAGAACACGAAGUGCGAGGAAGGUGCCGAUGCACGGGCCCACCUCGACACUCUCGCGAAAAUGCGCGAGGAACUGGCGUCCAUGGGAGCACCAAUUUCUGAUGCCGACUUCACCGCACACGUUUUUGCAUCACUUCCCGAGUCCUACAGUGCCCUCUUGCAGGCACUCUCUACCGCUGCACGCAUCGCGAAGACUACGAUCUCCGCAGAUGACAUCAUCACCAGCAUUGUCGAGGAGUAUGACCGGCGGAAGGCACACCUGAAGCCUGAGUCUGCACUCUCAGCAAAGGCAGACACGCGCUCGCGCUCGCAUUCCAAGAGUCGUGGACACAGUGCGAAGUCCAAGGACGCGGAGUGCUACAACUGCGGCCGAAAGGGACACUUCUCACGUGACUGCUGGCGUGAAGGCGGAGGGAAGGAAGGCCAAGGCCCAAAGGACCAGGCUUCUAAGAAGGGCGGCAGCAGCAGCUCGAAUUCGAAGGGCAGGUCAUCAGCAAACACGGCCGUGAGUGAUGACAAUCAGACUCACGCAUUCACGGCUACAUUCGACAGUGCCGCACUUGUCCACCAUCCCGCAACGUUGCCCGAUGUCGAGAUCGAAGUCUAUGACAGCGGUGCGACACGCCAUAUGACUCCCUAUCGUGACUCUUUUGUUUCUUUUGAGCCGAUGCCUGUGAAGCCAAUCACCGCUGCGGAUGGCCGUAACUUCAGUGCAAUUGGCAGGGGCGCAGUUCAACUGCAAAUCCCGAAUGGUGAGCAGAUGACGACAGUGCUUCUCGAGGACGUACUAUAUGCACCCGAGAUUGCAUUUGCGCUCAUAUCCAUUGCGCGUGCCGACGCUGCCGGAUACUCUGCCAUGUUCGAGAAGGGGGAGUGCCGCAUAUACUCCCGCAGGCAGUCUCGGAUCAUAGGGCGUGUCCCGUCAUUGAAUGGGCUGUACAAGGUCGAGCACUCACGUCGUGCAGCACCUGUGAAUGAGUCUGCAUCAGUUGCUGUCGAGCCGGAGGUUGAGCGCGCCCUUAUUUCAUUGUCCGUGAUGGACUUUCACCGUCGGAUGGGACACAUCUCGCCAAUCAUCGCUGAGCGUCUUGUGCGCGAAGGACGAGUUGAGGGUGUGCGACUCACAGACAAGGCAAACAAGGAGAAGACGUGCAACUCCUGCAUCCAGGCAAAAAUCACCCGCGCGACUGUCCCUAAAGAGCGUGAGAGUGACCGCACGAAGGAGCUGGGCGAUCGAGUCCGCUCCGAUGUCUGGGGGCCGGCUCAGACCGAAACACUUGGUGGGAAAAAGUACUUCACCUCGUUCACAGAUGAUGCCACUCGCUGGACGGACCUCUACUUGCUUCGUGCAAAGUCCGGCACAUUCUCGGCCUACAAGUCCUAUGAGGCAAAGCUGAAGAACCAAGAUGGGAAGACCAUCAAGGCUCUGCAGUCUGAUCGAGGGGGCGAGUAUCUCAGCAGAGAGUUCACCGACCACCUCACCACACACGGCACAGUCUCGCGCCUCACGGUUCAUGACACACCGCAGCACAAUGGCCUUGCUGAACGCAUAAACAGGACCCUCCCGGAGCAUGCUCGUGCAAUGCUCAUCGCUGCCGAACUGCCCAAGAACCUGUGGGGCGAAGCCAUGAUGCAUGCGACGUGGCUAAAGAACCGCACAUCAACUCGUGCCUUGGAUGGCAAGACACCCUUUGAGGUGCGAUAUGGACAUCUACCGGACUUAGGCGACCUUCACGAGUUUGGCGCGAAGGUCUGGGUCCGCAUCGAGAAUGCUGGCAAGCUUGACUCGAAAGCACGCGAAGGACGUUUUGUCGGGUACAGCACUGAGAGCAAGGGCUAUCGAGUGUACUGGCCUGACAAGCGUGCUGUGUCCGUGGAGCGGAAUGUGAGAUUUAUUGAUGAAACGGUCAUUGCCGAUGAGGCUCAGCCCGAGGGGGUGAUAGAGGCUGUCGUUCCGAGCUCGCCGUCAACACUGCAUCAGCCGCAGCAGAAGCCGAAGUCACACACUGAGCCGCCAGCACCAUCUUCUGUGAAUCCACCUUCGAUGCCGACAUCUGAUGCUCCCGCGCAAGAACACAAGGAUGAAAAUCAUGCACCUGAAGCUCCCGCAGAGCGAAGCCACCGCCCCCGCAAGGCAUCCGCCUACGUGAAGCGGCUAAAUGAUGGCUCGGGCGUCGCAGAUGGACGCAAGAGCAGGCCGAAGUACCCCCAGGGCCUCCAGCCAGGUGACCUGAUGGGUGCAGCUGCGGUAGAAGCUGAGGAGAGCGAGAGUGAACAAGAGGGUGAUGAGCCGAUCUUCGCAAUGCCAGCCGCAUUUGCAGUACGCGAAGGUCAAGAGCCACGAUCGCUCGAAGAGGCCAUGCAGAGUCCGGACUGGCCGCAAUGGCAGAAGGCCAUCGAGAAGGAGAUGCGGAAUCUUCGUGACCAUCACACAUAUGAUCUUGUUGAACCACCUGAGAAUACUAAUGUCGUCGGGUCGAAAUUUGUCUUCAGGAUCAAGCGAAAUGCAAACGGCAAGAUUGAGUCAUACAAGGCCCGUCUUGUCGCGCAAGGCUUCUCGCAGAUUCCCGGCAUUGAUUUCAAUGACACUUUUGCACCUGUCGCCAAGCUCGCGUCGAUCCGAAUUAUCCUUGCACUCGCCGCACGCCAUGACUGGGAUGUGCACCAGAUGGAUGUCAAGGGUGCAUAUCUCAAUGCUGACCUCGAGGAGGAGAUCUUCAUGAAGCAGCCACCUGGGCAGGCCAAACGUGGGAAGGAGCACUGGGUGUGCCUCCUGCGACAUGCGAUCUAUGGACUCAAGCAGUCUGGCCGCCAAUGGUUCAAGAAGAUGUGUGCUGCACUCGACGAGAUGGGGCUCUCGCGCAGCCUCGUUGAUCACUGCGUCUUCUACCUGGACGAAGACGACGACUCGGUUACCCUCAUCAUCGCACUCUCGGUUGACGACACUACGAUCGCAGGCACGAACAACGCAGUACUCUGGUUCAAGACGGAAAUCAGCAAGCGAUUCGAGAUGACCGAUCUCGGCGAGAUGCACUGGAUACUAGGCAUCGAGGUACGCCGUGAUCGAGCCGCUCGAACCCUCUCACUCUCGCAGCGCGCAUACAUCGAUGGACUUAUGGCACGGUUCAAUCUCGAAGAUGCCAAGCCGCUGUCCACUCCCCUUGAACCUGGGGCAAUCCUCAGCAUCCGACAGUGCCCCUCGACACCGCGCGAGUUCGAGGACAUGCGGAACGUACCGUACCGUGAGGCGAUUGGCUCACUCAUGUACGCGGCACUCGGGACGCGGCCAGACAUCGCAUUCGCGGUGACAGCGCUCUCACAGUUCAUGCAGAAUCCGGGACGCGCGCACUGGGAGGCCGCAAAGCGUGUCUUGCGCUACCUGAAGAGUACACGCGAAAAAUGGCUGACUUACGGCUUGACACGCAAUGGAGUGGAAGGAUUCUCCGAUGCGGAUUGGGGUUCGUCAGAGCACAGGCAUUCAAUCUGCGGGUACGUCUUCCUCAUCGACGGCGGCGCAGUCUCGUGGUCCGCGAAGAAGCAGCCGGUUGUCGCGCUCUCAAGCACAGAGGCUGAGUACAUCGCACUCACGCACGCCGCGAAGGAAGCAAUCUGGGUGCGCUAUCUUCUCGCCGAUAUUCUCGACCCGGAUGUCAGUAAAUUCGCACUACGACUACACACGGACAACCGCUCGGCUAUUGCACUCGCGAAAGACAAUGCGUACCAUGCCCGCACGAAACAUAUCGACAUCCGCUACCACUUCAUACGCGAGGCCGUUGACUCUGCCGCCAUCUCCCUGCUCUACCGUCGCACCGAGGACAUGCCCGCCGACAUCUUCACGAAGAGCUUGCCGCGCGUGAAAGUCGAAUAUCUUACGUCACUCAUGGGCCUCCAUGGCACUUGA